CACGAAUCGCGACGCAAGAUCUGUCCACCAAACUUGCCCUCCGUGAAGCACAUAGCGAGCCGCCGCUCAACAGUCAUCCCUUUCCCCUCCUCCAUCUCGGUCACACGCAUACGCACCUAGGAGAGACACCGAGCGAGCGAAGCCAUGGCUCUCCGUACCCUGGCAUCGAAGAAGGCCCUAUCCUUCGCGCUCGGCGGCGCGGCCCGGCCGUUGGCGGCGUCCGCGAGGGGGGUGACGACGGUCACGCUCCCCGACCUCUCCUACGACUUCGGCGCGCUGGAGCCGGCCAUCUCGGGGGAGAUCAUGCGCCUGCACCACCAGAAGCACCACGCCACCUACGUCGCCAACUACAACAAGGCGCUGGAGCAGCUCGACGCCGCCGUCGCCAAGAGCGACGCCUCCGCUGUCGUCCAGCUCCAGGGCGCCAUCAAGUUCAACGGCGGCGGUCAUGUGAACCAUUCAAUCUUCUGGAAGAACCUCAAGCCUAUUAGCGAAGGUGGUGGGGAGCCACCUCAUGGGAAACUUGGCUGGGCCAUUGAUGAGGAUUUUGGUUCGUUUGAAGCACUUGUAAAGAAGAUGAAUGCAGAAGGCGCUGCUUUACAGGGAUCUGGAUGGGUGUGGUUAGCUUUGGAUAAAGAGGCAAAAAAGCUUUCAGUUGAAACUACAGCUAAUCAGGAUCCUCUGGUGACUAAAGAUGCAAGCUUGGUUCCGCUGUUGGGGAUUGAUGUCUGGGAGCAUGCAUACUACCUGCAGUACAAGAAUGUUAGGCCGGAUUACCUGAACAACAUCUGGAAGGUGAUGAACUGGAAAUAUGCUGGAGAGGUGUACGAAAAUGUUCUUGCUUGAAUUGUCUUAAUGGACAAUACUCAUCUGUGCUGGUUUUCGGCUGUUUGAUCAUGUGAAAUAAAGAUGGACCUGUCGAGCUGCUGGACCUUGUGUACAUUUCGCUGAGGUAGACUAAUGCACAAUGGCCUGCUGAUUUUGCUCGUCCUGCUUGCGUGCUACUCUGUUCUCUGCUCCAGUGUCUGGCACUACCCUUUCGAGCAAGGUGAUGGCCAGGAGAGCUAUUCUCCAUUAAUAAAGCCUGCUGAGCGCCCGAUGUUUGCUUGAAUUUGUUGCCAUGCGUUUCCAGUUUUUCGCCUUUCCACUUGGAGCAAAAUCUUGCAAAUCAUGUUCAUAGGCAUCGUGUUUAUGUUGAGCUGAAAUUACUGUUUGAAGAUAUCUUUGGGUAUCAGUUUCAGUAUUCAGUUUGAGGCCGCUUAA